AUGAUGGAUACAGCAUAUCUAAAGGAAAAGGAGCUGAAACAAAAAGCAAAGAUUGGUUCCUCUGAGCCAAGUUGUAGCAUCGAAGCCUGUGCUGCAGAAGUUAUUGCUUCAGGGGAAUCUGAUGCUCCUGAUGUUGUUUCUGCAGCUGGAAUUGUAAUCCUGCCACCUCCUGCUGAUGGGUAUGGUGCAGAAACAGAAGUAGAAGCAUCCCGAUUGAAAUGGCCCAAAAAACCGGUAUCACAGAGUCCGACUUCUUCGAUUCCUUCGAGGAUUCUUUGUUUGAUGCUCCGCCAGAGGAAUUUAUCCCAGAUGAUCUUUAUCUCCUAUUGGGGGCUCUGGUAGUUUCCUUGAAGGAGAUGAUAACAACAUCAGACUAAAUGUUGAAGCAAUUCGCUCAGCACUGAAUGAGAUGGACCCACUACUACCACUGUGGACCCCACAUUACCCGAUGGAAAUGGAAGUAAGUUUAUUUAAGUCUCUCCUUUAAGAUGUUCACAUUACCCGAUGGAAAUGGAAGUAAGUUUAUUUAAGUCUCUCAUUUAAGAUGUUAA